CUCUGCAGAGCGGCAGCUGGUGCACACACAGGGCCUCUCUCAGGGCAUUGUGGGAUACUGAGUUUUUAAGGCAAUGUCUGAGUUCUGAUUUUACAGUAGAAAUCAUUCCGCAUUUCUAGACUUUUCUAGAAGUUUUGUUUUUUUAAACUUAGUAGAAAAUAUAUAGAAUAAAUUGUCAUCUGGGAAUCUAUAAAGAGAAGGUUAAGCAGGAGCGGAGGAUGAUCGUGCUGCUCUUCACCCUGUGUGCUUUCCUCCAUUCUGCCCUGGGUGAUUGUGAAGCAGGAUGGAGGCCCUAUCAGGAUCGCUGUUACUACUUCUCUAGCGACACCAAGACGUGGCAUGACGCCCUGACUGAGUGCCAGAGUAAAAAUGCUAACCUGAUGAGCAUCAGUGACAUUCAUGAGCGGUUGUGGGUCAGUACGCAGAUUGGCACCACCAUAUUUUGGAUUGGCUUGAAUGAUAUUGUCUCUGAGGGAAACUGGGAGUGGAGUGACGGGAGUGUGUAUUACCCCUACCUGGCGUACUGGAGAGAAGGGCAGCCAGACAACUAUUUGGACAAUGAGGACUGUGGUCAGGUAGACGGGAACAAUAACGGUCAGUGGAAUGAUGAGCACUGCACAUCCAAGCGGCCGUACAUCUGCAGACGAGACAACCCAAACCCCACACCACAGUGUGACACGGCCAAUGGGUGGGAGCAGUACGGCUCUAACUGCUAUAAGCUAAACUCUCAACUGAGGAAGAGCUGGAUUGCUGCCCGCACUGACUGUGUGAUGGAAGGAGGUGAUCUAGUGUCCAUUCAGUCUGCGGCCGAGCAGCAGUACGUCAUUAGCCGCCUGGACCAUUCCCCUCUUGACAUGUGGAUUGGUUACUCCACCCUGAAAUGCACAACUUUAUCCUGCCAAAUCCAAGUAGAUGGCACCACCUUCUCCUGGUCAGAUUCCUCCAGCUCUUCUUACACAAACUGGCCUAAUGGGCAGCCUGACCUCACUGAUAAGCAGAAUGGUGUGUGCGCUUCCAUGAUCAAGGAUGCAGGAGAUGAGUAUGGGAAAUGGAAGACCCAUGUGUGCCGCUAUGAAAGGCCUUACCUAUGCAAAAGAGGCUUAAACACCAUUUGCCCUGAGGGGUGGCUGAGCUUCGGUGGAAACUGCUAUUUGGUGGUCAGCAACAACUAUUUGCUGACCAGCUGGCAUCAGGCCUUCAGCAGAUGCAAUUCAAUGAAUGGCAAACUUUUGACCAUCACAAGUGAGGAUGAGCAGUUCUUUAUUAAUGCUCAGCUCCCUGACCUGCACCAGGUGGACAUCCCAGAUGUGUGGAUUGGGAUUUCAGAUAUGGCCCAGGAUGGUGCAUUUAAAUGGGUUGAUAAUACGGACAUUCAGUUCUCCAACUGGAACUCCGGAUUCCCAAAAAACACAGAGGUCUAUUGGGACUGCGGACAAAUCUUCACAGGAAAUUAUGCUGGAAAGUGGGAGACCACCAACUGCUUCAAGAACAUGGCCUACAUCUGUAAGAUGACGGGGGGUCAAAAUAUUCAACCGACUGCUGCCCCAGACUUUCACUGUGACGAAGGGUAUCUGCUGUAUGGAAAUUACUGCUACCACUUUGAAGCUGAAAUGUCUAAAACGUGGCAGGAAGCUGAAGCCUACUGUGUUUCUCAGAGUGGACACCUGGCCAGCAUCCCCAACCAGGAGACCACCAGCUUCAUUACAGCUCACAUGCCCAGGUCUUCUUGGGUGGGUCUGAAUGACAUUGACCAAGAAGGACAGUGGAAGUGGACGGACGGAUCAGCCAUCACGAUUUUAGAAUGGGAGACCGGUCAGCCGGACAACUGGCAGGAUAAUGAGGACUGUGUGCACAUACGAGGGACGGAGCACUGGGAGACCGGCAAACUCAACGACCUGCCGUGUACCUCCACGUUCCCCUUCAUCUGCCAAAAAGCUAAAGGACAAGGUCCUCCACCUGUCCCUCCCACUUCUGGACCAGGCUGGAAUGAGAAGUGCGGAUCGUGGGUUGCUGACCCCUUCAAUGACUACUGUUACCUCUUUAACUCUCUGUCUCUGCGGAAGUGGGCAGAAGCUCGAGCCGACUGUGUGAACCAGGGGGGUGACCUGCUCAGCAUCACUGAACCAUUCGAGCAAGGCUUCAUCCAGGCUCAAAUCCAGUCGAUCCCUAAUGGAGUGUCUCUGUGGAUGGGAGGACACGACUCGGUCACUGAGGGAGGCUGGGAGUGGACAGAUCGGGCCCCCUUCCGCUACAUCAACUGGGCUUCAGGUAAUCCCGAUGACUACUAUGGUGAGGACUGUCUCACCAUCUACAUCAACAGUGGCUACUGGAAUGACGACAACUGCGAUUACAAACGGGGCUACGUCUGCAAACGCCGCGGAAACACACCAGAACCUCCACCACCCCAUGACGGCUUUUUAACAGUGUACACAUGUCAGGAUUCCCUCUUGGUCCUGCACUGUGAGACCAACAGUGUCAUCAAUAUCCAGUCUGCUUUCUUCGGCCGCAAAAGUGACCAAAUUUGUCCGUACUUGGACGGCUCUACGGGUACUUGCACUAUCCCCGGCGUUCUGGAGAAGGUGAGGAAGCAGUGUGAUAAUCGGGGCUUCUGUUUCGUCUUCGCCAACACAGACAAUGACAUCUGCCCCAGCGUCUCCAAAUACAUGGAGGUGGUCUACAGCUGUGAGCAGUCUGUGUGUGUGCAGGGUCUGGGGGUGGAAGAUGGCACCAUCACAGACUCCAUGCUCUCCGCCUCCUCUUCCAUGAGCGGAAAAGAACCCAGCAAGGGACGUUUGAACGGAGAUUCGUGCUGGAUGCCCUCCAGCCCCGCUUCUAAUUCAUGGAUUCAAGUGACUCUUCCUGAGUCCAAGAAGAUCACAGGGGUGGUGAUCCAGGGCUGCCCCACUGCUGACCAUUGGGUGACCAAGUUUAAGGUCCAGACCAGUUUGGACGGUGUUUCCUGGACAGACUACACUGCUGAGGGAAAGGUAGAGGAGUUUCCAGGCUCAGUGGACCGAGGCAGUGCUGAGACUCAGCUGUUUGGGAACCCUGUGUCCGUGAAAUAUAUUCGGAUACUCCCACUAGAGUGGCACAACGAAGCAGGACUGCGCUUUGAAAUUCUGGGCUGUGCACCAGACUAUGCCAUUCCAUGCAGUAGAACUCCUAGCCUGGACCACUCUGUCGAUAAAAUGAGUGUCCACUGUCCCGCUGGUUGUGCACAUGAGACCUACAAUGUCUACGGUACUAUGACGUACCGUGGGGACUCGAACAUCUGUGCAGCUGCUAUUCAUGCGGGAGUGGUGCUGAAUGAGAUCGGAGGAGACUGCACAGUGCUCAAAGCCCCCGGUCAGAGCUUCUACAGCGGCUCCACGAGAAACGGCAUCACCUCCAAACAAUUCUCUGGAGAUUACUCUGUGUCCUUCCAGUUUGCUGAUGGAGAGCUGAGGUGUCCCGAUUCUGAUUGGCACGAGUUUGGAGAAUUCUGCUACAGGCCGUUUGAUGUGAAGAAGACGUGGUACGACGCUCGCUCUGAAUGCAGGAAGCUGGGCGCAGACCUGGUGUCUAUUAUGUCCAUCACAGAGCAGAGCUGGCUGGAGAGCUACCUCUACUUGGCCACCAGUGACGUAUGGAUUGGGCUGAACGAUCUGGAAUUCUCCGGCUACUUCCUCUGGUCUAACAACCAUGAGGUCACUUUCACAUACUGGGCACCUGGAGAACCCAACAACCACCUGGGCUUUAAUGAGGACUGCGUGGAGAUGUACCAAGGGAACGGCCGGUGGAACGACGUCACCUGCACAGAACUUAACACCUUUAUCUGCAAAAUGACCAAAGGUCACUACCCCUUGCCUUCUAUCAAACCCACUGUGUACGGCUGCCCUCAGGGCUGGGAUGCGUUCGAGUACUCUUGUUACUGGUUGGAGGAGACGGCGAUGACUCGUGCUGAGGCUAAAACUUUCUGUGAGACCAAAGAUAAAGACAGCAGCCUUCUACACAUCGGAGACCUGUAUGAGCAGGCCCACUUCACUGCCCGCCUGGCCAGUUACUCUGGGCACUGGUGGAUCGGUCUGAGAGCGAAGGGCGAGUCAGCAGGAGUGGAUUAUUAUUGGGACAAUGGGGACUUUAUGGUGUACUCCCACUGGGACCGCAACCAGCCUGAGAGCGGUGCCGGCCCCUGCGUCACCAUGACCACCAAGCCCACUGCAGGCUUUUGGGUGAACAGGAACUGUGACCAGUCCCACCCCUUCAUCUGCGAGAUACCUAGAGAUGGUAUCUCCCCUCCCACCAAGGCCCCGACUCCGCCCCCCGCCACAGGGUGUGCCACAGGCUGGACCAGCCUGCCACACUUCAGACAGUGCUACAGGCUCUACACAGAGGAAUAUACCAAUAAGAAGAGCUGGGCAGGGGCCCACGAGGACUGUGUGGCGCGAGGCGCUGACCUCGUCAGCAUCCAUAAUGCAGAGGAGGAAAUAUUCAUGGCUGAAUACACCAAGGGCAAGACCCAGUGGAUUGGCCUAAGCAGGAACGCACUGGAGGGAGAUUAUUUAUGGAGCGAUGGUAGCGCGCUCAGUCACACUAACUGGGGUCCUGGGGAACCGAACGACCACGCCGGCCGGGAGAACUGUGUGGAGUUGGUCACCACUCAGAAUGGUUCGUCCUACUGGAAUGACAUCUUCUGUGAUGCCCAUCAGGACUGGGUGUGCAUGAUCGCCAAGGGCAAGACUCCCACCGAACCCCCAGUACCCCCUUCAGCUAUACCAGCUCCGGACUGUGGAAGUAACCCUGGCUGGAGGAAAAACAACGGCAUCUGUUAUUACUACAACGACACCGAGGCCGUGGACUUCUUCACAGCGCUGGAGAGGUGUUUCCAUGAAAAAGCUCUGCUGGCCUCCAUUCUGAGCCCAGAGGAGCAGACCUACAUUGUCUCUAUGGUAGGAACAGGCCAGAUCGCUGCUGCGUGGAUUGGGAUGCAGAUGUUUGGGGUUGCGGGAGGAGAGUACAUAUGGGUGGACUUGUCUCCGAUAACGUACGUGCACUGGGCUCCAGGAGAGCCCAACAACGCUAACGGGGAGGAGCAGUGCGUGCAGAUGAACAGAUAUCCAGGCACCUGGAACGAUGCUAACUGCGGCAGGGCCACUGCGGGAUAUGUGUGUAAGAAACUACCUGGAGAACAUCACACCCCUCCUCCACCUACCCAGCCCUGGGAGGGAAACUGUCCUGAGGGAUGGAUGCGUUUCCAUAACAAGUGCUACUUGUUCAAAGGAAACCACUACAACAACGAGAUCAAAGCCAACUGGUCCUAUGCCCGGGACUGGUGCAGAUCCCAGCAAGGAGACCUCGCAGUUAUUGAUGACAUCAAUGAAAACGACUUUGUGGCCAGCUAUCUGAGGGACAUGAUCCACCCUGUGUGGAUUGGACUGUCUGAUGUUCUUCAUGAGGACAAAUUUGCUUGGAGUGAUGGAGUGAGUCCCGUCCUGUUUACCAACUGGGCGGAGAAAGAGCCCAACAACAACGAUGGCAAGGAGCACUGUGUCAGCAUUAAUCACAACCACCUGCUGACAGGACGUUGGAAUGAUGAGAACUGUAAUGAGGAGAGAGGCUGGGUUUGCUACAGGAAGAAAGACAGCCAUCUUCCCGCUCCCCCUACCACUAAGAGCCCCUGCCCUUCCGACUACGUCUCGUGGUACAAGAACUGCUACAAGCUGGUGUCUGAGCACAAGAGCUGGGCGGAUGCAGAGGCGGCAUGUGUGAAGGAGGGAGGGCACCUGGCCAGUGUGGACAUGAGCUACGACCAGGCCUUCAUCUCAGGAGCCAUCCAACAGGAACGCACAGACGCCUGGAUCGGCCUCAAGCGCAAUGAGGAAACUAGCACCUACCAGUGGACAGAUGGCUGGCCAGUCUUCUAUACGCACUGGGGUCCAGGGGAGCCCACCAUUCACAAGGGAGAGGGCUGCGUGAGCAUGCACGGCCGAUCCCACUUCAUUCAGGGUACCUGGAACGACACGGCCUGUGACGUGGCCAAACCGUACAUCUGCAAGAUCACAUUCGAGAAGCCCCCUGUGACUCCCGCUCCUGGAGACGGGGAAUGCAUGCCGGGCUUUUCGCACUACGGGCGUUACUGCUACUUCGUGUAUAAUGGAAAGACGGGCUUCUCGUGGCCCGAGGCUCGACACUACUGCCAGCUGAUUAAAGGAGGUGACCUGGCCUCAGUACACAGCAGAGCUGAGGUAGAGUUCAUCAGGAACAUCAACUACACCAAAUACCACAACGUGUGGCUCGGACUCACCAGGGACGGCUCAUUGGGAUGGGGCUGGACAGAUCUGACUGCGCUGGCUUUCACUAACUGGGCUCCGGGCGAGCCAAACGAGGCGUACCACGAUUUGGGGAUGGAGGACUGUGUGGAAAUGUAUCCGGACGGGACGUGGAACGACAAUAACUGCUUCCAGAAGAGAGGCUUCGCCUGCAGAGUUCACCAACACUACUCGGGUGAUGUCACUCGCCCAACUUCUGAUCCAAACCUUGAGCACGCAGGGACGGUUGCGGGCGCUGUGAUCGGAGCGAUACUGGCUGUGGCCCUGAUUCUGGCUGUGUUAUACUACGUCUUCCGUGUGAAAGGAGUUAAACUGAGUGCUGUUGGUCUUCCUGGCAGAGACAACAAACGUGUGGAAGUGCCGGCCUUUAACAACCCGAACUUUAUAGGAGAGUCCGACACAUGAAGAGAUCACAGCCCGGCUCACCUCAAUCUGUACAGACCAGGAACACACCAUUUAUAUUUUACAGGAAGAGAAAAACGACAUGAAUAUGAAUUUUUAGCAAUAAUCAGAAAUUACAUACUCGUCUGUGCUUUAUAUUAGGGUUCAAAUUUCAGUGUUUGUAAGUUGAUUGUAAUUAAUACUACAGCUAUAAAAUACCUCGAGUUAAUAAUGUAGCUAAUGUAUUAAAUGUUUCUUGUACAUACAUUUUUAUUCUGAAUGGCACUUUGAAAACAAGUUCAAUUAAAACACAAAUACAAGA